AUAGAUCAGUCAGUAAUGCCUGCCUUUUGUGUUGUUCUAUUUCUGUAGCAAGAAAGAAAUUCCUGUGUUUAACUUUACCAUCCAUGAGAUCCACUGUCAAAGGAACAUUGGUAUGUGUCCUGUCUGCAAGGAACCAUUUCCCAAAUCUGACAUGGAGACUCAUAUGGCUACGGAACACUGUCAGGUGACUUGCAAAUGUAACAAGAAGCUGGAGAAGAGGCAGUUAAAGAAGCAUGAGGAGACGGAGUGCCCUCUGCGGCUUGCUCUCUGCCAGCACUGUGAUUUGGAACUUUCCAUUCUCAAGCUGAAGGAGCAUGAAGAUUACUGUGGUGCCCGGACGGAGCUAUGUGGCACCUGUGGGCGCAAUGUCCUUGUUAAAGAUCUGAAGACUCACCCUGAAGUUUGUGGGCGAGAGGGAGAGGAAAAGAGAAAUGAGGUUGCCAUACCUCCUAAUGCAUAUGAUGAGUCUUGGCGUCAAGAUGGAAUGUGGAUCGCAUCCCAACUCCUCAGACAAAUUGAGACUCUGGACCCACCCAUGAGGCUACCACGAAGGCCACUGAGACCCUUUGAAUCAGACCUUUUCCCCAGUAGGACUACCAACCAAAGGAACAUGGCAGCUCAGUUUCCAAUUCAGAAUAAUCUAUUUGAAGAACAAGAAAGGCAGGAAAGGAAUAGAAGCCGACAGCCCCCCAAAGAGGGUGGUGAAGAUAGUGCAAACUUGGACUUCAUGUUGGCCCUAAGUCUGCAAAAUGAAGGCCAGGCCUCCAGCAUGGCACAGCAGGACUUCUGGAGGGCUGUAUAUGAGGCAGACCAGUCUCAUGGUGGUCCCAGUUCUCUGAGUGACAUAAAGGGUGCAGCUGACGAGACCAUGUUGCCUUGUGAAUUUUGUGAAGAGCUCUACCCAGAGGAACUGCUGAUUGACCAUCAGACAAGCUGUAACCCUUCAUGUGCCUUACCUUCAUUCAAUACUGGCAGCUCUUCCCCCAGAGGGGUGGAGGAACCUGACGUUAUCUUCCAGAACUUUCUGCAGCAGGCUGCAAGUAACCAGUUAGACUCCUUGAUGGGUCUGAGCAAUUCACCCUCUGUGGAGGACACUGUCAUCAUCCCGUGUGAAUUCUGUGGGGUACAGCUUGAAGAGGAGGUUCUGUUCCAUCACCAGGACCAGUGUGACCAACGCCCAGCCACAGCAAACAAUCACAGGACAGAGGGGAUUCCUAGACAGGAUUCCCAUCCUCGAGAGACCUCACCAGAGCUGCCCAGGAGGCGUGUCAAACACCAGGGAGACCUGUCUUCUGGUUACAUGGAUGAUAUCAAGCAGGAAACAGCUAAUGGGCCUACCUACCCUCUGCCCCCCAGCAGACUCAUUAACAAUACGACAGCUACCUCUAACCGACUGUCAAAAUCAACAUCAGGCCCCAGACCUGAGUGCCAGCCCAGCCCUCCUUGUGCACUGAAGCUCAACAACCCAGACGGCCAGGUCACCCAUGGGCGGAAUCGAAACAGUCAGAAUGGGGCCAUGGCCACUGGCCAUGUUCCAGUGAUUCACCCUGUUCGAAAUCUCUACUCAGAAAACCUUGUGCCCUCUUUCCCCAGUGAGUCUGCAGAGAGAUAUGGUGCUAGUGGUAGGAGUGAAGGUGGCAGGAACACCCGGGUCACCCCUGUAGCUGCCACCUACCGCAGCAGAACUGCAAAGGCAAAGCCCCCCAAGCAACAGGGAGCUGGGGAUGCAGAGGAGGAAGAGGAAGAAGAGUAAUGGUGUCUCCAGAGACCCUUCAUGGUGGUUUCUACCUUCUGUGCACAGCAGCACUCGCCGCAGUGCAGGCCCUGCCUCUCUGGCUCUUUGGGCAGGGGAGAUUUUCUGGAUUUUAACUUUUUCUAAGUUAUGGCCAUUUUGUGUCUUUUGAGAUUGUGCUGUGGAAGUUUGAGGGUUUGAGGGAGGGUUAGCAGGGAGGCUGUUGAGAAAUGUUUCAGUCUUAGCUGCCGCCUUUUAGCAGCAGUGAGAUAUAAGUUAUGGCCUCUUGGCCACCAGGGCUCCAUAUUUUGACCUACCGUCACUACUGCAUCUUGGUGCUGUGGGUCCUGGUGGAAGGAGGAGAGGGUUCUGGAAACCUGGUACCCCUAGUAAAGUGGAGUCUCUGCCUUAUGGGGCCUAAAUUUGGGGGCUUUUGGGUAACUUCUCCAGGGUACUGCCCUCACCCACUCUAGGCUGGGCCUUGGGCGUGUGUGGAGGAGCUCUGGGAAAGUGCUCAGGCCAGCUGUGUUAGGAACGAGGCUUUGGAAAUGAGUCGAGCUGGAGUGGAGUGGAGGGCUAUGUUUUAAGCUGCUUCCUAGGCAUCUGGCAUCACUGCCUUCUGUUCCUGGUGGGGAGCAUGGCUCCUUUGUCCUUGCUGCCCUCUACCGGGAACUGGGGAGAGCUGAGAGCUCCACGCUGGGCUCUGCCUCAGCCCCAUGCUUGCUCUGAAAACCACGUGUCAGAGCCCCUUACCCCUCUUUUUAUUUUACUAUUAUAAUUAUUAUUAAACUUCCUUGUAAUAGAAAUAAAGUUUGUACUUGGAGUU